AUGACUACUCCUUCGUUUAAAUCAGUUUAUGAUGAAGAUAUUGAUGAUAUAGAAGUUCCUUUACGUUGUGGUGUAGGUUCUUGCACCCCUGACUGGCUUCAAAAAUUACAUACGGCUAAAUGGCUUUUAUUAUUUCUUGGAAUAUGUGCAUUUAACCAAUCUUUUGUUAUUAAUGCUAUUUUCCCUGUGGAUCUUUCUACUUUAGAAAAACGUUUUCAUAUGACUAGUACCCAAACUGGUAUAAUAUCGAGUUGGUAUGAUUUGGCUGUCCUUCUUGUUGUAUUCCCUGUCUGCCAUUGGGGAAAUAUUGGCCAUAAAGGCCGUUGGAUUGGAAUAGGCUCUUUAAUUAUGGGCUUUGGCUCUUUUAUUUCUGCAAUGCCUCAUUUUAUUUCCUCUCCAUGGCCUAUUGAUAAUUUAAAUUCUAGUGAUUAUGGACAGUGUACUAACAGGGUUGAACUAAACGAACACUGUGAAAGCAGAAGAAGAGGAUUAUUGGAUGCCUGGUAUAUGAACCCUUAUUUCCUCAUAUUUUUGCUUGGCCAAACAUUCCACGGAUUUGGAGCUACACCCCUUUUCUCCCUUGGAACGGCUUAUCUAGACGAAAAUGUUUCACAAAAAUCAUCACCUGUUUACCUUGCCAUUCACUCAAUGUUAACUAGCAUUGGCCCAAUUUUUGGUUUAUUUAUUGGUGGCAGACUUUUACAAGUUUAUGAAGACUUUGAUAGAGUAGAUUUAAGCACUGUGCCAAUGAAAAAUUCUCGUGAUCCCCGCUGGGUAGGUGCUUGGUGGGUAGGCUUUCUUUGUUGUGCUAUUGCUUCAGGAUUUAUUUCAAUACCUAUAAUGUUAUUUGCCAGGGAAUUGCCUGAGGCAAAGAAACAUAGAUUAAAGGAUGUUAAUCAGGUUCAUGCAAACUCUCAAAUGGACGCAAAUGAUCAUCUCUUAAAAGAAAAAAAGAAUUUUUCUCAACUUAUGAAAGGAUGUCUGAAUAUCCUUCGCAACCCAACAUUUGUUGCUGUAAUGGCAAUUGGCAACUUUGAAGCAAUCAUCCUAAAUGGAUUUUCUGCCUUUAUGCCUAAAAUAUUAGAAACGAUACUUUCAACAACACCAACUAUUGGGUCCUAUCUUUCAUCUGUUGUUAUUUUUGCUGCAGCAGGUGGUGUAAUGAUUGGAGGAAUGGUUGUUAGGCAAAUGAAUUUACAAGUUGGUGGCAUGUUGAAAAUGAUUUUAAUUUGUCACCUUGUAGCCCUAGUUUUAAUCACAUGCCUUUUGGUUCAAUGCCCCUCGAGAGAAUUUGUUGGGAUAACACUUGGCUAUGAUAGACAGAAGCCAAAGCCAGGAGUUACUCCUUCCUUAAUUGCUCAGUGUAAUUCUCAAUGUCAUUGCACUAAUAAAUGGAACCCUGUUUGCGACAAAAGUACAGGUACUAACUUGUAGGGAUUAGAGGGGAAUUUGGAACCCAAUCCUUCCUUUCCGGGUCUAUGUCCUUUUUUUACAAGUGGAUGAAAGCUUGAAACUUGUUCUUC